AUGGUAGCCCACAUGACUGGCGAACAAGAGGCACCGCUCAUUCAGCUGGAAGGUGGUCGUCCUUUGUCUCUCUCCUUUUCUCUCUAUAGUGACGAUAGCGUUAGUAUGGCAAAUGGGUUGGACAACACCGAGCGGGAUUUGACUUCUGGACACCCGAGUGCAGGAAGACUAUGUUGGUUCCAGCAGGCUGUGAACAGCGUGAUUCGGAACACGGAGCUUCACUGUGCUAGACUCAAUAUAGACGGCCGUUCAAUUUUGGAGAGCCAACUUGUUCGUCGCUUCAGCCCAUCUGAAGAACCAUCCUAUGGCUUGGUCCAGAUGCGGGAUUCGAUAAUUUGGCCCAGUUCUGACAGGUGA